AUGUGGAGUCCCUGGUGCCUCCCGGAGCCUCCAGCCUCUGCUCAGUUCUUGUUUUCAUGUAUAUUUGUGUUUUUUCCAGAGUCGUGCACACACCACGCCGCCCUGGGCCAACGCUUCGACCUCCCUCUGCCUUUGCCCAAAGAAAACAGAAUCAGAUGGAAGUUUGGGAGCAAGACAAUAUAUGACAGUAGAUCAGCAAACUCAAACUCACACUCAGUCACAGCACAGGGGGCGCUCAUCCUGCCCACAGUGUCUCAGUCCAACAGCGGGGACUACACGGUCGAGACCGUCAACAAAGAUGGACAGACCAAACAACAGACCCUGCACUUAUGUGUCCACGAGAGUGUUUCGAAGCCCACGGUGACGGUCAAAUGUGACAAACUGAAUAAAGUCCAGUUCACCUGCUCAGUUCCUCAGAAAAAUAAACUUACAUACCAGUGGGCUGAAAGUGGAAAAAUCAUCGACAAUGAAAAAGGAGGAGUUCUAGUUCGAACUCUCACACAGCUGGGGUCCAACUCGUUUACGUGCAAAGUCUCGAAUCCUGCGAGCUCCCAAACCAGUGACCCGACUAAAUCCGACUGUGUUAAAAUUGUUUCUCUUCCCAAACCGACUUCACGCCCAGAAGAAGAAGAAGAGGCUUCGUUGUUCGGACUUCCCUUUUGGCUCAUGGUCGGGAUUCUGGCCGGAGGAGGAGGUAAGACCAGAGGCACUGUGAGUUCAAGAUGUAAUGACACGUACGUUUCGUUCUUUCAGGUCGUGGUGCUCAUGCUGAUCGUGGCCAUCGUCUGCUGCUCCAUCAACAGGAAGAAGAGGAGGAUGCAUAGGAAUAGAUGA